GUAAAGAUGUAAUUGAAGUAAAAUGCUCUUUUUUUAAUUAUGUCACUGUAGUGGAGAUAUACAAAGACGCUUUAUGAACAAGUAUUAAUGGCUUAUUACAGAUUAAGAACUAUAACAGUGUUUCGUGGGCAAAAAAAGGAUUGUAUUUCUGUCCUCUGUCACGUGUGGUCCCUGACUUUGAUGCACGUCAGAGACGAUGUUAGGGAAGUAAAACAUACGUCCUGAAAUAGGAUCCGUGGCACUACAGGUAGCAACAAAACGAAGAGAUGGCCGAACUCGUGGUCCAUCCAUUUUCAGGGCUGUCACUCAGAAUCACACCUGGCGGAAGGAUAUCUGGUUUGAUCAGCUAAGUCCCAAUUGUGUACGAAAUUCUUGACGGAAGAGGGUCAUAGCUGAGAAGCCCAAUAUGCCUCAAGGCUCUAUAAACUUAACCCCCAUUGAAAGUACCGGGUCUGAGAGAAAACAGCAAAGCCAAGCCACGCAAGGCGUUGAUAAAGUCAACCUUAGUGAGUUAAAUGGAGGUGAUGAAGGUAGCACCUCCGACCUUCUGUACGGUGUUGAGGACAUUCCCCCUGUCCCUGUCACCAUCGUGUUCGCCAUACAGGUCGCUGUCAUCAACGUAUCUUUCUGUGUAACCAUGGCUGUGCUGAUUGCCGGAGUGUUAUGCGCAGAUGCGGAAACGAAAACAAAACUGACCAGUACCACACUUCUUAUGGCCGGCAUUGCUACAAUCCUCCAGACAACAUUUGGAGUCCGACUGCCGAUUUUCCAGGGACCAAAUGCGGUGUUUUUGGUGCCAAUUUUAAACAUGGCUAACUUUCCUGAGUGGCAGUGCCCAAGCAAUGCGACCUUAGGUACAGGGUACUUUAAUGAGUCGGGAUUGUCUGGCGUCGAUGGAGUUGAGAUUUUGUCGACAUCCACUCGCAUACAGAGGUUUGAGGGUAGUUUGUUGGUGGCUUCAGCUGUGCACAUAACUCUGGGAGCCAGUGGUCUGGUAGGCUAUGUGUCGCAUUUCAUUGGACCUUUGACCGUUGCACCAACCAUCGCUCUUAUUGGGGUAGUGAUCAUCGAUUCUGCCAUAGACCUCUCCUCCACGCAUUGGGGAAUAUCCAUAUUUACAAUGUUGGUGGUGGUCCUCAUGACCUCGUACCUGGAGCAUGUCAAGGUGCCCUUACCGGCUUGGACGCGGGACAAAGGUUGCCACGUUAGCCCUUACCCGGUUUUCCACGUCUACGCUCUAUGUGGAGCUGUGCUGUUGGGAUGGUUGCUGUCACUUCUGCUUACAGUGACUGGAAUGCUGACCGACAACAAAGAUAGUCCACAGUUCAGAGCUCGAACAGACGCUAGACUGGACGCCAUUUCAUCAGCAAACUGGUUUUACUUUCCUUAUCCAGGUCGGUUCGGUGGUCCGUCUUUCAGCUUGAACAUUUUUGUUGGGAUGGUCCUUUGCGUGUUCAUGUCCAUCAUAGAGUCCGUUGGUGAUUACAUCACAGCCAGCCGCAUUUGUGGUGUGCCGAUGCCGCCUACUCAUGCCAUAAACCGUGGAUUGCUUGUAGAGGGAAUAUGUAGCCUAAUAUCUGGGGUCUUGGGAGCGUCUCAUGCCACGACCUCAUACAGCGGCAUGAUCAGCGUCAUCGGACUGACCAAAGUCGGCAGUCGUCUUGUAUUCCAACUCGGAGGUUUCUGUGUGAUUUUACUGGCAAUCGUGGGCAAGUUCAGCGCCGUGUUCGUGUCUAUACCCGAUCCUGUUUUUGGAGGGUUAACGAUAGCCAGUAUCGCGACGCUGACCGGGGUGGGGAUUGCCUCAUUAAACACGGUCAACCUGUCCUUGUCCAGAAACUACGUCACCUUGGGCUUCUCACUCAUUUUGGGCAUUCUCUUGCCCAGAUGGGUUCAGGAUCAUCCCAGUGAUAUCGAUACAGGUUCAGUGGAAGUGGACCGGUUUCUCGUUGCAUUAAUUGGGAACUCGCCAUUUGUGGGAGGUUUUGUGGGAUUUUUCUUGGAUCUAACAUUGCCAGGAAAAAGAUCAACAUUUCAAGACAUACACCAAGAGAAGACACAGAAAGAAAGCAUAGUUUCGUCGGAAAAGUUUGCGGUAUACAACUUACCAUGGUUGCCUAGUCGAUGGUUCGCUGGGAAGUGGGCAAGAUUUGUUCCCAUUGUGCCGUCAUUUUACGACAACGAAAUAUAUCCAAUACAACAGAUAGAAUAACACUGGAUUGCUUUGGAAUUUUUAAUAUACUAAUUCCAGCAAGAGCUCAUACAAAGUUAGUGUACGUUUUUACCGCUGUUUCAUUCUAUUGUUAAUUUAAAAUAGUUGUGUAUAGUUCAUAUUGCAUCCUUGAAUUAAAACUUC